GAUGAUCGAUAUUGUCGAAGAUCACUGCUCAGUGAAAAGAGCUCUGGCUGAAAUCUGGCCGGCCCAGAAUUUCUAGGCCUACAACUCUAACGUUAGUUCUACAUUUUCUGUCCAGUGAAGUAUCGGGGCUGAUAUUCAGGAGAAACGGAACAUGGAGAGGAUGUAAAACCCACAUACCAGUACAUACAUGUAUAAAAGUCAGUGAAGAACUGCAUCAUCCUUGAAGAUAUCACCCCAGAGUUCUGAUUGCUGAGACCAUGUACAUGAUGAUGGUGAUGAUAAAAAGGACCAGCUAAGAUGGUAAAGUGAGUGGUUUAUCAAGACCCCGACAGACUUCAAACUCCAUAGUGGAGGGCCGUGAUGGUGGCAAGCAACAGUCAUAUUAAAAGCAGCUACCAUCUCACAUACAAGACCGGAGUGAUGCUGUCAUUUGGCUAGUCCUCAGAGGAACGCCGAUCGUGCUUAGAGGUGGGAUAAAGUACAUGUAAAUCUUUGUCCAGUCGGGAGAGGAAUAGGAGUCCAUAAUGACGACGUUAUCAGACAUUUCACGCGAGAACCUGACCACGUACAAGCUGGUGGUGGUCGGGGAUGGAGGCGUGGGCAAGAGCGCCAUCACAAUUCAGUUCUUCCAAAAACUCUUUGUAGCGGACUACGAUCCAACCAUUGAGGAUUCUUAUAUUCAGCACACCGAGAUCGAUGGGGAUUGGUGUAUUUUAGAUGUGUUGGAUACAGCUGGCCAGGAGGAAUUUUCAGCAAUGAGAGAGCAAUACAUGAGGACGGGUGACGGCUUUCUUCUGGUUUAUUCAGUCACCGAUAGAGCAAGCUACGAGAACAUGAAAGCUUUCCAUACUCAGAUACUCAGAGUCAAAGACAAAGAUUCAUAUCCAAUGAUCCUGGUCGCCAACAAAGUUGACCUCGUCCAUCAGAGGAAAGUCACAGAGGAAGAAGGAAAGAACGUAGCUGCCGAACUAGGGCAUAUUCCAUAUAUUGAAACAAGUGCAAAAGAUCCUCCUAAGAACAUUGACGCAGCCUUCCAUGAAGUAGUAAGAGUUAUCAGGAGACAGCCUGUAGAAUCAAAGAAGAAACGCAGAAGUGGCUCCACUUGUGUUCUAUUGUGACAUGGUUGUCAAGCUGGCAGCCAAUGGACUUGUGAAGGAGAAAGUUUCUUUUUGUUGUAAGUCUGAUACCAGAUGACAAAAUCUCCAAUGUCAUUAUUGAUUGAUGAAGCGCAUGCAAGAAAAGGCACAAUUGUUGAGGAACUGGAUGGCCUCGGAUAUGUUGUGUCUAAAUAACUGAUCAGUUAAACCCCAGGAUCGGAGGUUGUGUCAUGUUAAGUUACAACUCGGUAGGUUCAAAACCUGAAUCCUGCUUUACAUGUUACUUAAACUGUGGCUUUGAUUUAGCUUUGGAUAGCCAAACAUGGCACCAAUAUCUAACAGUAAAUGUUCAAUAUACCACCUCAUAUUACACUUAUUCAAUCAAGAAUUCUAUGAACGAUAACAAGGACAGUCCUUUCACCAUUUCAAACAUGAAUAGUACAGUUUUGAAGUGUUUGAGUAGGCAGGGCUUACAUGACAGGUGAAUGAAAAAAAAACUUGAGAAUAA